GCUUCAGCGCCCAAGUAAUAUUUUUCAUUUCAGUGCGCUAUCUCAUGCUGUAUAGCUACGUAAACGCGAACAAGCUAUCAGAAAUAAAACAACGUAAAAAAACAACAAAAACGGAGUAUAAAAAAUCAAAAUAUGUCGGAUUCCGAUUUAAAAUUAGAUGAUGGACAGGACAUAUUUUUAUCUCAGGUUCUUGACGAGAUUGAAAGUAUGCAAGAAGACGAUAUAGUGUUGUCGCAAGCUCUGGAUUUAUUUGAAAACAAGGAAUCGUUUGACUUGUCAGAUUCUCAGUUUAAAAAUCUUGUAGAGGAUUGUACCAGUGCAGACUUUUUCGGUAGUUUUACGUUGAAACUACCGACUGGAGAAAAUUGUGAACUGUUAGGUGUGGAUACACAUUGUGAAAAUCGCUUUGGAAAAACUACCAAAACUGAAGAUUUUGACGCACUGAUCAAGGACCAGAAAUCGGGUAACACCGAGAGGAGUACAAAGUGGGCCACCUCUGUAUUUGAGGCUUGGAGAUCCGUUCGGAAACUGGACGGAGAGGAAAUUCCACCACUCGAGGAAUGCGAUAUCAACACACACCUUUCACGUUUUGUGGUAGAAGCAAGAAAGCAGGAUGGUUCCCCCUACCCACCUGGAUCGCUAUAUAAUAUUGCCUGUGGACUCUUGAGAAAUCUCCGAUCUUCUGGCAUCUAUGAUAAAAACUUCUUGGAUGAGACGAAUGCACGAUACGCGAGGUUCCGCGAGGUACUAGAUGCUCAGAUGAAAAAGCUGACAAAGGAUGGGUUAGGUAUUGGUCAGAGGGAGGCAAACCCAGUCAAUGAAGAAGAUGAAAAGAUUUUGUGGUCUAAAGGUGUAUUUGGGAACAGUUCAUCUGUUGCUCUUCAGCAUACCAUGUAUUUCUAUAACUGUAAAUUUUUCGGAUUAAGGGCUUUGGAUGAACACCGAACAUUAAACUGUAACCAAUUUGCAAUCGGGAGUGACGAAAAUGGUCGUUACAUAGAAUUUAAAGGUACAAACAGUAAAACGUACAAUGGAGGAUUAAAACACAGGCUUAUCGCAUAGUGCGGCAAUUUUCCUUUGAUCUUUGCAGCAUGUUAUACAUAGUAACACACAUUAUUACUACAAAACUGUGCUGAUAUCUUACAAAACUGUUGCGAUAUAUAUCAACACGGAAAUCUCUAUGGAGUUUCAUAAGAAAAAAAGUGUUCCGAUAUAUAUCAGCACAGUAAAACUGUUCCGAUAUAUAUCGGAACACUUUUUCUCUAUUGAGGUCCUAUCAAGGGAGUAUAAUUUUUUCCUUUCAAAGAAAAGAUGAUUUUAGCUCCAGUUUACAGUUCACAGAGAAAGAAUUGUCACAAACACCUACAUUUAUAAAGUAAAAGAAUAAAUAAACUAGAAUAUUUCAAAAACUUGAUAGUUUUUGCCAAAUUCAGAAAUA